UUCAGAAAACGACCAUCUCCAGCAAGCACAUUUUGCAAUUUCCAAAUCAAUUAUUGUUAUUUUGCAACGAUUUUGGCGGUGAAAUGUACGAACUCAAGACCCUGCUGCCGCAAUUCGACAUCAAGCUGCCCACCUGCAUGUAUCCUUUGAAGAACGUGAGCCUGGCGGCGGAUUCCCUGGCCAGUUCGUCCUCGGCGUCCACAUCAUCAAGCAAAUUGGAGGCCAGCGGGAAGAGCAAAACAAGCCGAAACGCAGCCACAUGCGCACUUGAUUUGGACACUUUAGGCCGACAAAUACAGCAACUGCUAAAGGACGACACGGCAUCGGUGACUGCUCGCCAGGAGAAGGUGCUCAAGCAGCUGGAGGAGCUCAAGGCGCAGCUGGGACAGAUUCGGGCUGGACUCGGAGUCUGCGGCAAGACCUUCCAGCACACGACCGCCUAUCAGAAUGGUGGCUUAAAAGAGGUGCCCCUGCAAGAUGUCGUCAUCAAUGGACAUCCCAAUUUCAUACCCUAUGCGCUGUUGGCAUUGAAGAAUGCCUGGCGGAAUCUGUACACGAUUGAUGUGAAGACCUUCACACACUCCACGAUGGCCGAUAUUGGACCAGCAGCCCGGGAAUUCGAGGCUAACUUGGCCAAGGUGCCGGUAAACCCAGCGCUGCCAAAAAUAAAUGUGACAAUCAUAUGGAAGAACUGCGAACACACUGAGAUGAUCAGCUCGCCUACGAUGUAUGUGCCCAUCUACGGAGAGGUCAAUAUCAUCCGGUACUUGGGCCGUGUGGGUCCCGCCGAAUAUCGCUAUGAGGGCUCUCCGCUUUGCAACGAGAUCGAUCUCGUCCUGGACAUUUGCUACCAACUGCUGCGCUGCAACACGCACAAAGCGCAGGUGGCGAUGGUGCGAUCGCUGGACAAGCGCCUGCAGCAACAGCAGUAUUUCGGUGGCUCUCAGAUGUCGGUGGCCGACAUCGGUGUCUACAGCUCACUGAUACGCAUGCCCGCUAUUACCGACAAGGAUCUGACGCCGGCGCUUUUAGCCUGGCGGAAACGGGCGAAGCUCGUGGCUCAAAUUUAAGUAGUUCGAACUACAAAGCGAACAAAUAAAUUAUACAAAUAAAUGCAAUUAAUGGGGAAAUGCUAUAUUUAAUAAAGUGUUUCUCACCCAAAAAACAAAACGAAUACAUCUGUCGUAUAAGUUAAGAGCUCCCAGUUCCCAAAUUAAAAGACUCGCUUUUUUUCAGUAA